AGCUUUUCCUGCUUCUUGCCGGGAGAGAGAAAACUCUGUUACUCACUUCGUCUCCAACUUCGAGAGGAAGUUACCACCUCUUCCCUAGACUCUGCACUCUCUGCACUCAGCUCAGGCAGACACACACACACACACUCACAAACACACACACACACACGCUCUUCAGGACUUGACCACAGAAGCAACAGGGAAUCAACUGACACAGUCAGGACUGUUCGUAAUGCUGUUUCUUUCAAAAUUUGGAGGGAAAGAAGGCUUUGCCUAAAGCUUUCUGUGUGGACUGAACAUUUUCAGAGGGACAGUUCUUGUCAUCACAGACUGGAUGGCCAAAUGAACUGUUUGGACUGAGGACCAAAGAUCACAGGCCCUGAUCCAACGUCAAAGGAGAGAAAGCAAGAGAAGCGUACUCAUUUCGCAUCCAUUCUCCAACUUCUCAUUAAAACUAUGAGCUGGGACUAAGGACGUGCUUCAUAGUUUAAUUUUGUGGUGUGAGGAAAUCAAAGUCAAGCUCAUCAUGGAUGUGAAGAAAAAGGAAAUGGACCUGCUGAGCAACAGCAUAGCUGCAUAUGCACACAUCAAAGCAAACCCAGAGAGCUUUGGACUUUACUUUGUGCUUGGAGUGUGUUUCGGCCUGGUGCUGACGCUCUGCCUCCUGGUCAUCCGCAUCUCCUGUAAGCCGCGGACCAAUGUCGCCCCCCCCACGCCGGAGAAGAAACACUUAAAAGACAUCAGCGUGGAGGAUGAGGAGAGUGAGGACGAUGAAGAUGAAGAUGGGGAUGAUGUAGAGGUACCUAUGCCUUUGCCCAGCACAGAAAUCCCUGUUGGUAAUCAUACCAGCCAAUCAGAUGGGACACUGAGUGUGAACGUAUUUACUUCAGCUGAGGAGCUGGAACGGGCACAGCGACUGGAGGAGAGGGAACGCAUCAUACGUGAGAUCUGGAGAAAUGGCCAGCCUGAUAUCCUUGGGUCAGGAACAGGGACUAUUGGAAGAGUGCAUUACUACUAAGAUACACAAGGCUUCAAGGGAAAUACUCUGAGCUCUGAGAAAGACAGACAAGGACCUUUGGGUGGACCAGAUGUCCCUAAAGACUGUGAGACUUGUAUUAGAUACAAAGCAACAUAAUGGAAAGAGGAAAGCAGUGAUGUGGGUCAUAUGCUAAAAUGCUUAGCUCUGACACAGUUGAACUAUGUGAUAUUGCACUUCCCAUGUAGCAAUGCUAUGCAACUACAUGGCAUAUAACAAAAGAGGUGUUUUAAAGACUGAUUAAUCCAUAUAGAAAGGAUACAGUAUGAAUGUGGGAGCUGACACCUGAAGUAAUCAGUCCUUUGUUGCUUAAUGACAAAAAUGCACACAACUUGGUUAAUGUUUGUAGUACGUGGAAAAUGAAAGCAUUUAUGGACAAUGUAUGUACUGUAUUUUGUAAUGAAGAUUAAUUAUGUGCAGUGAGGACAACUGUCCUCUAGACUAGUAAGUUUGUGGGGGAAAGAAAAAAAUCUCAGCAGUACUGUUAAAGGAAAUUGCAUUGUUUGAACAAGCAUGUAUCAACCAAUUUGGGGGUGAGUAUAAUGUAAAAACAGUUCAAAUUGGAGUCUUUAAUUUCCCCAUGCCUGUGUUUUCAGGAAUAAUUCCACCAAAGGAAAUGACAGAAUUAAAGUAUUACGAUGAAAUCA